UCCAAGUGUCGAUGUGUUUGAAAGAGUGACCUAUUAUCUCUCGGUGUAAACUAUUCCUAAUGGAGUUCACAGCAGAAAAUUUGCACUUUUAUUGCUGGCCGUAUUUUCAUUUGAGUCGGUGCUGUUUUACGUCAAAAAGAAGCGUAUGUUUUUAAACACAGCAGCCGAAAAAUAAGUUGAGCUUUACCAAAACAACCUCGAAAAUGGCAACAUGCAACAGCGAAGUCGACGCAGGACCCGGUGCUAUGGUGGAGCUGAGCCCAGACAUCCACAUCUGCGGCUUCUGCAAACAGCAGUACAAUAAUUAUGAGGCGUUUCUCGCCCAUAAGCAAAACGGAUGUUCCUUUCCCUCCUCUCAUACAGCGGCUAGCUCUGCAUCAGCCUCUCUUGCAGAAUCCAGCACCGAGUUUGUUCUUGAGGACGCUUACCAGGUCUGCGUGGUUAGAGGUGUCAAGAAGUCCCUGACCAAAGCAUCACCCAAGAAACUAAAACCUGCACUGACUUCAAAAAGACGCUCCUGCUGUUUCUCAGGUUGUACUUUUAAGACACAGUAUGGCCAAAAAGACAUGGAACGACAUCUCAAGACUCACACUGGCGAGAAACCGUUUGAGUGUGAGCUGUGUCACAAGCGCUUCAGUCGGCGUGACAAACUCAACAUGCACAGCCGCUCUCACACGGGCGAGAGGCCUCACAAGUGCAAGCACUGUUCCUACGCAGCAGCGGACAGCAGCAGUUUGAAGAAGCACCUUCGGAUCCACUACGACGAGCGGCCGUUCAAAUGCCAGAUCUGCCCUUACGCCAGUCGCAACUCCAGCCAGCUCACCGUGCACCUCCGCUCUCACACAGGAGAUGCACCUUUCCAGUGCCAGCAGUGUGAUGCAAAGUUCAAAAUCAACUCUGACCUGAAGAGGCACCUCCGCAUUCACUCUGGCGAAAAGCCCUUCAAAUGUGAUUUCUGCGAGUACCGCUGCGCCAUGAAAGGAAACCUGAAGUCUCACACUCGGAUCAACCACAACACCGAGAACUUGUUACUGUGUGAGCAGUGCGACUACAAGUCCGCCAGCAGGUCAGCUAUGCGGCAACACGCGAGGCAACACCUGCCCCCUCGGCCCUUUCAGUGCUCCAAGUGUUCUUACUCCUGUUACAGCAGUUGGGCGCUCAAAGUUCAUGAGCGGAUCCACUCAGAGGAGCGCCCUUUCAAAUGUGACCUGUGCAGUUUUGCCUCCAAGCGACUCAGCUAUCUGAUCACCCACAGGGAGCAGUGCCACUUGGAUAAAGCUGAGAAAGAAAGGCUCAGGAGCUCUGUCGGCUCUCGGUAUCGGGCCAAACUGGACGCAGCCCGAGCCUUCCACUGCGACUUGUGUGAUGCAUCGUUUGUGAGGGAGGACUCGCUGCGCAGCCACAAGAGGCAGCAUAGAGACUCCCAGAAUACGGUGCAGCUCCAGCUUUCAGCAGACUCAGUAAAUCUGGUUCCUGUUACAGAGCCACAGAGCGAUGCUCAGAAUGAAGUUCCUUUCCCGUCCAGCUCAGUGGCUUCCUACAGCAAUGCCCAGAUCAAAAUCAUUGUCCCACAACCUUUGGGUCAGCAUAGCUCCUUAAUCCCUGCUGGUGGGGAUGGAACCGGCAAAACCAAAAUGGUCUUACUGGACGCAGAUAACCAGGACGUGGUCGUCAAUCCUAUGAUCCAACAAGUCAACCUUCUGGCGGCUGUACAACCUCUCGGGUCGUUGCGUGAUACAGUCAGAGCUGAACACCAGACUGUCCUGCUGACGAAGAUGAGCUCAGACAACAAUGCCUCUCAGGGGUCCAGCAGCGGGCAGACUUUGAUCACCUACAGCUCAGAUCUGGAAGCCCUCACCACCUUUAUCCCUGAUGGGGGCUCAGAACUAAGAGUUGUGACGAAAAAGAGCUCACCGUUGGUGGCGGUAUCUCCUCCGCCUGACGUGGUUGGCUCCAAGCCUGCCGGACCUUGUCAGGAAGAUGCGUUGGUGGUUCCAAACAUCAGCAUCGGCAGCCAGAAUGUGGUCAUCCAAAGCGUUCCUCUGAUAGUGUGCACUCAGCCCCAGCAGGGUGCAGUGGAGCAGCUCUCUCCACACACACUCUACGCAGACUCACACACACCCGGAGGCACGCCACAAUAAGUGAAGGGCGCUUUACGAUUCCAAUGAGAAGCUCAAGCCUCUGGGAAAAUUCUGGCUGAAUAUUUGACCACUCUUUGCGACAUGAUUUGUAGAGUGUGUUUAAAUACAAACCUACGCUUUUAUCCGUAAUUGGUUAAAGGAGUGUUGGAGUGUUCUCUCUUAAUGCUGGACAUCCAUAGACAUAAAAUUAGCCGGUCCUGGUCUUUAUUUAGCCAUAAAUAAUAUGUUGUGGCUUUCAAAACUGUACAUUUCGCUGGUAAAUGGCAGGUUUUGUGGAAUAUAAAAAAAUAACAUCAUUUCAAACCUUUUUCAACAAAUAAGUUGAUAUUUAUCCUGUUCGAUUGAACUCAAAAACAAACAACUGUGUUAUAAAGGGAUUACAUGAGCAAGGUGAAAUGACCCCCUUUCAUAAAUAUGCACACACUUAAUUAGUCCUUUUGUUAAAGGACGUCUUGAUUCAGUUUUAGCACUCCGUCUACCUUGCAGAACUUCUCCAAAUCUGACAGAUUGUUAGAAAAUCUUUUAUCUAUCAUGUACAGUGAUGGACUCUGGCUAAGCCAUUCCGAAACUUAAAUUUUCCUCUUUGAAAGCCAUUAUUUGUGUAUUUUGAAAUAUGUUUGGACUCACUGUGAUGCUGAACAAUCAAGCCCGUCUCCAUCUUCAGCUUUCUAGCAGAUAUCUGGUGGUUUUCAGUCAGAACUGGCUGAUAUUUGGAACGAUUCAUAUCUGCGUUCAUCAUGACAAACUGCCACCACUUUCACUGUAGGUAUGGUGUUCUUUCAGAGAUGUCUGUAGAUGUGUGUGUACCAAAUGCUCUUCGUAGAACUGUGGCAAAAAGUUUGAUUUUGGUUUCAUUGGAUCCUAACCACAUUCUCUCACAUUGUUUUAGGAAAAUGUAGCCAGACUUUGUUACUAAACAUCCUAAACAGUUUUCCAUUUGGAAUCUCCAAGGAAGGAGCUUUGGGGUCAUACAAAACUUUGGUACAAUUGGGUGUUCCAAUAGGACAGUGAUCCCAAACACAAAUCAAACUGACUUUGGCUUGGACAAAAUCAGCUAACAUUAAGCUUCUGGAAUGACUUUCCCAAAUAUCUGAACUGAAUCCCGUUAAAGGUAGAGAAAAGCCAAGCCUGUGGCAGAGAAACGAACCAACUGUUGAGAGGAUUGGUCAAAUCUCCAGCCAGAAUUGAUAAUUGCAACAAAAAGAGUAAUGAGGAGCCACUUGCCAAGAGUCAUCCAUCCUUUGUCUAUUAUACAGCAUGCAACCAUGCAUGCACACAAUCACAUACGUACCCAUUAAUGCAACACCCGUAUGGAGUGUGGGAGGAAGCAAGAGAACCCAGAGAGAAUGAACGCAGGUACGCGUUGAGCUUGCAAAGUCAUGCAAGCAACUCCCCUAGUCUGGAUCUGAACUUUGACCUUCUUGCUCCAAGACUGUUCUAACAACUGUGCCACUUUACCAUACCUUCUCCUAAUUGCGAAGGGGAAGAUUUUGGACGUAGACUUUAUUCUUUAUUAUUCCAUUCUCUCUGUACAAAGCAGCAGUGCCUCGAGCAGCAAAAGACCUCCCAUCAAAGAAGGCCCAAAAAAAGGUUCAAAUACACCAUGACCAUGAGUGUAGGUAAACUUCUCCUAGGAGCUACAUAAUCAAGUAAAGUAGUGUAAAUAAGCUAUUAUAGUUGUCUGAAAGAGUUGAAGGAAAUGAGAAAAAUAUCAAUACUGUUGACUUAAGCUGCAGUUGAUUUGCCUGAGAUGUUGAGUUACAUCUGGGCAGAUAAAUUAGAGAUGGAGGUUGUGUUUACUGACAAAAUAAAUGACACACGAACUGACUGGAGGGAUGACAAACUGCUUUUUAUUGCUAUUGUCGCCUAUAUUCUGAUUGAUACAGUGGAUAUCCGUUUUAAGUCUGAACACAAAAAUAACAUGAGUUCAAUGUUUUCCUGCUCAUCAAUAAAUGCAAUUUAAAAUUAAAAGUGAAUGCAGUUAAGGUUUAAAGCUAUUUUUAUUCAUUUUAACUCAUUCUACUUAUAUUUAUCUGAGAUUAAUUUUGUGUUCAGUAAUAUCCUUGAUCAAACAUCAGAAUCAAGUGUUUAAUAGCAAUGACUGGAACCUGAAAUCAAAUGUUGGGCUCAUGCAUUUUUCUAGUUUGUCCAAAAGGGGGCAGCAGAGUGUCAGGCGUUGAGGUUGACUUUAAGCUAAUUCAGUGUUUGCUUAUACAUAUUCUGUAUGUGCAUUUGUUUUUAAGUAUACUUCCCUGUCCUCUGUCUGAAUCAUGAAACCAGAAGUCGAUUGUAAAUAGCAUUAGUUCAAUCAUCAAGGUCUUUGAUUCUAAAAGCCAAGCUGCUCCAGCAAUAGAUUUUCCAAUAAAGUGCCCGUUUUGCUUGUUGCCAUCUAUUAUUCUGGCAAUUUUUACACACAGAUGUCAGCCCUCUGUAUUCGCAGGCAGAGGAUGCUGCACCUGAAUAGGAGGCUCCUGUGAAUUGAUUUCCUGCCUUCGUCUCUCUCGUUCUGCCUCUAAUGGAUCUGCUGAAGCACGCUGCUGCGUUUUCAGGCUCAGCAUGACCUCAACCUCAAGCAAAGUUACUUCCUGAUGAAGAUGUCUGUCAACACUGAGGGUUCACAUCCGAACUAGUUUGUCUUUGACAAAUGGAAUAAUGAUUGUGUUCCUUUAGUACCUCCUGAUUUAAUUGGGAUACCUUUUUUUUUUCAGUGAAAUAAUUCUGGAGGUUUUUUGAGAGAAAUCCUUUAAGUGAAUCUUGGUGAAUGUGGUCAAACCCUACAAAAACUAAAUGCAGGUUACAGACAGCUGUAACCUGGCAUACAUGUUUUUGUUAUUUCAUUUCUGUAUCGCAUUUAAAGUUUUAGAUCAUGAUCUUGAUGCAACAGUUAAUAUCACUGCUUUAGCAAUUACAAAAAACUACAGAAAACGGAAAAUAGUUCAUUAACACAGUGGUUGAGGUGCUGUUUUAGUAAGUUAAGUUUAAAUUAGGUGAUGCAAUGCCACUGCUUUUGUCUCAUAUGAUGCACAUAAGUCAGUAUGUAGGUCAUCAUCAACUGAAUAGUAUGAAAAAUGUAUGCUGACUCUAAUUGUUAAGGUACAGAAAAGUUUACACAAAUGAGCUUGUAUGUGUUGUUGUAGUUGGAAAAGGUCCUGAAGUCUGUGUUGGUCAGAAAAGCCUGAUCUGUCGAUACAUUGGAUGUAAAUAGUCAACACAUCGCUGUUAAAACCCGGGUUUUUGUUCUGUGAAGAACUGAGACCAAGAUCAAUUUAUACAGCACUUUUUCAUUUUGAGUAACUCCAUCAGCGAUACGCAUGUUGACUUGGGAAUAUUUUCCCACUCUUUUUUAUAAGUGCGCUCCAAAUCUGUCAGAUUGCGAGGGCAUCCGGAAGUUUUGAUUCAGCAUUGAUUGAUAUUUGGGACCGUUCAUAAUUCCCUCCAAUUUGACUAAAGCCUCAAUUCCAGCUGAAGAAAAUCAGCCCUAAAGCAUGAUGCUGCCACCACCAUGCUUCACUGUGGGUAUGGUUGACUUUUGAUAACAUGUUUUUAUACCAAACAAACCUCUUGGAAAACUGGCCUAAAAGGUCAGCCUUGGUUUCAUUAGACCCUAACACUGUUUCUCCACGUGCUUUUGGGAGACUUUCAUUGUAGUUUUGCUAAAUUUAGGUUGAAGCUUUACGUUUGUAAGAAAAAUGUUAAAUUUUUCUACCUUACCUCUAGACAUCUCAGGAAUACAGCAGAAUGUUGUCACAUGUACCAGAUAUCAGUACUCAGCAGGAAUUAAUAUUUCUGUCGGUUUCACCACUUGAUGAUUAUCUUCACUGAAUGGCGUAUCUAAUGCCUUGGAAAUAGAUUUAUACUCUUCUCACUGAAAUCUUUAGACAAUGGGUUUCCUCUAAGGUAUUUGAAUCUUUAGGUGAGCUGUGGCUUUUGCAGUGAAACUAUAGAAAUGUCAAUUUAGAUGUUAAUCAGAGAGUUAAACAAUUGCAGGUUUGUUCUGACUCCUCUAAACAUGAGUGUGACUAUGUUUCUGAUCACUCCCACUUUCCUACGUGCACAUUAAUACCACCACUGUAUUUUAGUCUUUUCCCGCUGUAAGAUGUUAGUUUGUAUGCAGUGAGUCCACAGGUUGCAGGUACCAUUAGGGGUGGAAAAAGUUCUGAAAUAAUUUAUGAAAUGUUGUGCUCCAAUUGUUUUUAUAUCACCAAACCCUGGCAAAAUGGCUGUUGUACAAACAAUAUAGAUAACACAUAAAAUAAGUAGAAUAAUGUAAAGUACACAAUCUUAUGCAGCAACUGCAUGAGAUGGAACGUGAUUGAAAUGGUCAGUAAUUCAAUUUUUUAUUAUGUUUUUGUUUUUCAAGAGUAAAACUGGAAGUGUCCACCCCUCGUAAAGAAAAAAGCAAACAGGGCUCUCCGGUGUUUCUCUUUCAUCUAUUAUCUAAGAUGCUUCCCAGCCAUAAUCAUGAGAGCUCGUCCCACCACCACACCCACCCCUGAGUCCACUCGUUUCCCUCUUCCACAUGUGACAUCAGAGCUGAAGUCAGUGCUCUUUCUGUGGGGGUUGAACCCCUGUAGAGUCUUUAAAACCCUCUGGAUGCGUUUAGUAGGACAAUGGUUGGAUAAUGAUGAAGUAUUGUGUCAUAUUCAUGUUCUUUAUUAUCUUUAUAAAGCAAAUUCUUUCCUUUGCUAUAUCAGAUAAUCCUACAUUACGCUUCAGUUAAAGGUCCUGUCUUGUGGAAGGCGGCAGGGGUUUAAAACCAAACCUCUUUAUACUGUAUGGCACCUCUUCAGUUCCUUCCUUCCUGUGUUUGAGAUGUCAGCCUUUGAAUAGGGUCAUAAACGUCUCCCCAAAAAAAGCAAUUUCCACUCGCAGCUGCUUAAAGAAAUCGUAAGUCGUGAAGCGUUCCUUUUAAACAGAUCCACAGAGGACCCUGCGAGAGAAACACCAAAUCCAACCACAUUUUCUGCGAAGAAAAAACAUUGACUCCUAUCAAAAGAGCCCUGAGAAAUUAGAAAGUUGUCUCCUUUUUAUCAGACGUGUCUAAUCAGCAACUUAGCACAUUUUUCUGCCCCUCUGCACUCCUCCAGGUACAAUCUGUCACUUCAACAAUACUUUUCUGACCUUUGCUUUGUUUGCACACAAUUUGCUAUACCAUCAGUAAAUGACAUUGAAUACUUUAAUGAAAUUACCUGAUUGGCAAAGUAUUGAUAUGGAUUUCUUAGUGUUUUUUUUUCAAUGCAGGCAUCUUUUCGGCGUGACACUAUUGACGUCUUAAGUGAGUUUAGAUUUGGCAGGGCACUGCAGGCUUUUAUCUUGUCUCUAGUCAAUUCUUUUUGUCUGUGUGAUAGAAAUUCAGGAUGAUAGGGCUAUUUGAUCAUCAAUUUGCAGCGGGCUACCAAAAAAAACUCUGUAAGUUGCCUUUUUGAAUGCAAUGUGAUUAUUUGCCGAGACAUUAUUAGUGUACAUGUGGAAUUCAUUGAAUCGCAGCAGGGCAAACUCUAGUUUGAAAAUAAUAUUGCCUCUGUGGGUGGUUUUAUCUUUAAACUGAAAGGUUUUUGUUCUUUGAUCAUUAAAAUAGGCAUUUAAAGUGCGACAAAAUGUGAAAACGUUCCAGAGGAGACACUGCAUGCACAGCAUCUAGGAACCUUUCUGUAAAUGCUUUCUACUACAUAUUUGGACAUCUGGACUUCUGGAUAAAAUGGAAACAAUUUAACCGCGUCCAUCAGUCACACACGCAUCCAGUGCACAUCAAUAAGAAUAUUUUUCAUUUUAUGAAAUAACACAACAAACUAAAAAAGUCAUUUUGUAAUAUUGUUUCGUGCCCGAUCGAGAAUUUAUUUUUUAGGCAGAUACUCGUUAUAAAACAUUUCAGAACCAUCGUGUUUGCAUUGAGAGUUCGUUUUUUCAUGCUUUUUAUGUCGACCUUCAGUUGUCACUGUUGUUUUCUUAAAGAUUAAAUGUGCAUCUUAAAAACCAAUCCUCAGGGAAUAAUAAGCCUGGUUUCUGUGCUGCAUGCAAGAAUGCCACAGCAUCUCAUGCCCCAGAACUCAUAGCCACAGCCUCGUAUAAUAAUGUCCUUUAUUCCUCUUCAUGACAAUGUGGGUUUCACCAUUUAGCAGUGAGUGUGAUCCUCUGAAUGCAAAUAAGCAGCUAUCAGCUUUUGUGAUUCAGUAACAAAGGCUUUUGGCCAUUGUUUUCCUUGUCUUGUUUCUGUGCCACCAACUCUAAACAAAUGCAUGUUUGCACAGUUUUGGCCAUGCACACAGUGCUAUGUAUUGAAGGGAGAACAAUCGCUCAAUUGUUUUCACUUAUUCCAUAUUUAGUAGGAUGCAAGUUAUGUUGGGAACUCCUGCUGUUAGUCCUGGGCUGUCACCUUUGACUCCGCACAGAUGGGGAUUUAUUUUUUAAUGCUUAGUUUUGUGACAGCCUCUGAUCAUUCCCACACGUCAGCUUAUUGCAUUGUGAGGCCUCUGUGCGCACUCUCAGUUUACAGAGCAGGGCUGUCGUUAUUUUGCAUGGUUUGGCUUUUUUUCCGUCGCCCCAGCCAAUGAAGAUAGAAUCGCCAUUUUAAAAACAAAAUACAAAGACAUAAAAGAUCGUAAGUGAAACCUAAAAAGUAAGACAUGGAAAAGCUUGAGGAAAACCUGAUGGUGUCCUCUGGACCAUUCCACAAUGACCAAACUGAGCUUCAGCUUAAGGUCUCAGACUGAUGGGAGAGAGCAGAAGCAUAGAGGCGUUACAGCAGCCAGAGACCGUCACACUACCACCACCAUGUUUGACUGUCAGUAUGGUGCUGUCUUUUUAAAAUGCAGAUGUAACAUGACUCACACCUUCCUAAAAAUCCACUUUUGUCUUAGACAAUAUUUUCUAAAAUGUCUUGGGGAUCAUCAAGAUGUUUUGUUGGCAAAUAUGAGAAAGGCAGUUUGUUCUUUUUGGUCAGCAGUGGUUUGGGCCUUAGAACUGUCUUAUUGUCUCUUUCCUAUUAUUAAAUCAUAAACAGCUUACAGUGCUUUAGAUGUAUUUGGAUCUUUUGUACCCUACUGUAUAAAUUGUUGAUAAGACUUUGGAUUAAUUUUGUUAAACUGGCCAGUUCUGGGAAGCUUCACCAUGGUUCUGUGUUUUUUUUCCAUUUAUGGAUACUGGCUUUCACUGUGGAUCUGGAGUCACAAAGCCUUAGAAAUAACUUUGUAACACUGGUUCAUUUCUUAAUGUUCCUGUAAUUUCUUUAGAUUGGUAUAUAAUAUGUCAUCUGUGUGGUUUUUAGCCUUCUUCAUGUUGUGAGACUGGUGCUGUUUAAAUGACUUUCAGAUUAUGUUCUGAUAAUAAAUCUGAUGACCUUUUAAUGAUCUGAGACAUGCGACAAAAAAAAUCAAAAAAUAGAAGAAAUCUUUAGGGGAGCAAAUUCAUUUCACAUCACUGUAUAAAACAAGCAUAUGUUAAAUUAUUAAGACUUUCAAAACUGAAUAAAUUGUUUCUAUACAUUUUUACCAUGAUGA